UAAGAAUGCAAGCGCAUCGUGCAGCAAGAAAUGUUAAUGAAAAUGCACAAAGACGACAACAAGCAGCACGAAUGAAUGUUAAUAUUGAUUUGAACGGUGCUGGAUUUCAAUAUAACAAUGCCAUUGAUUAUAGUUUGCAUAAAUUUGUGGUUAUUGGCGCAAUGGACAAAAUAUGUCAAUAUUGUAAUGCAGUGAAAUUUAAAACUGAACCUCCUGGAAUGUGUUGUACUUCUGGGAAAGUACGACUACCAGAAUUACAAUAUCCACCAGAACCAUUAGCUUCACUGCUUUCUGGCUCAACACCUCAAUCAAAACAUUUUUUGGAUCACAUUCAAAUGUACAAUUCAUGUUUUCAAAUGACGUCUUUUGGCGCGACGAAUAUAAUAAGAGAUAAUUUUAUGCCGACCUUCAAGAUACAAGGGCAAAUUUACCACAAAAUCGGUUCCUUGCUGCCAUUCCCAGAUGCUAACUAUCAAUUUUUGCAAAUUUAUUUCCUUGGCAAUAAUCAAAAUGAAGUCGAUACACGUUGUGCAUUUUUUAAAAGUGCCAGAAGAUUGAUAAUUGAAGAAUUGCAAGCAAUAUUUCAUGAACAUAACGAAUUGGUUACUACGUUUAAGACAGCACUUGAUCAAAUGCAAUCUGAUGAUCAUAAAAUUGUGAUUAGAGCUGAAAGAAGACCGAUCGGUGAACACGAACGAAGAUUUAAUGCACCGCUUAAUAAUGAAAUUGCUAUUGUGAUUGUUGGUGAAGAGUUUCAAUCACGUGAUAUUGUAUUGCGCCGAAGAAAUAAUCAAUUACAACGUGUAUGCGAAACGCAUCGCAGUUACGACGCACUACAAUAUCCAAUUUUAUUUUGUCGAGGCGAAGAUGGAUACUCUGUCAAUAUAAAAAUGGUUGAUCCAGCAAAUCCACGUGAGUUUUUGGAUUAAUGAUGAUUUUCAAUAAUUUUCUGUGUCAUGUUUUAUCAUUAUAUUUCUUUGCUUUUUUUUCAGAACGUCAAGUAAAUAAAAACGUAAGCGCCAUGAACUAUUAUGCAUAUAGAAUCAUGAUACGACAAAACCAGGAAAAUCAUAUUUUGAAAGCUCGAAAACUAUUUCAUCAAUAUAUCGUAGAUAUGUAUGCAAAGAUAGAAACAGAACGUUUGAAUUUCAUUCGAUUUAAUCAAAGGAAGUUGCGCUCAGAAGAGUAUAUCCAUCUCAGAGAUGCGAUCAAUAAUGACAGAAAUGUAAACAAUAUUGGACAAAUGGUAAUUUUACCAUCGACCUAUACAGG